AUGGCCGAGCCACCGUCAUCACCUCCGACAGAUCUGUCGUCGCCGGAGAGUGCCCUCGCAUACUACAAAUCGCAAUAUGAACAGCUAGAGCAUGACUUAGCGGAAUUCCAAGCUUCCAGUCAGGAGCUGGAAGCUGAGUUGGAGAAGGAUGUUGAGGCGGCUGAGAAGAGGGAACGAGCUCUGCAAGAGAAGGCUGAGAGCUUGGGGUUUGAGGUCGACGAAUGGAAGACUAAAUAUAAGCAAUCGAAGACCGAGGCAGGUGCUGCGCAGAACACCUUGCAGAAGGAGAUCACUACACUUCGAGAUUCGAACCGAACACUACAGCUGCGACUUCGAGAUAUUGAAGUUCAGAACGAUGAUUUUGAGAGACAGGCACGAAAUACGUCCUCAUCGUACGAGGAUCUGGAAUCAAAGUAUAAUGUUGCUAUCGAAAGAGCGGUGAUGAUGGAGGAGGAGAUGAAGGUCGGGGAACAAGAAAGAGAGAACCUCCGGAUCGAGACACAGCGGCUUCGAGAUGAACUAUCAGAUCUCAAGAUCGAAGCAGAGAUUCUGCAAGACAAGCUCCGGAAACGACAACUUACUUCCCUCACAACAGACAUUACAGCACCCAAUUCUCCCUCUCUCCCUGGCUCUCCAGCAUCUACAUCUUCUUCGCCUAUGAUCACGACUCCGCCAGAUACCAAAUCGGUUUCCACAACUGAUACCGUCUCCGAAACCCCCACUCCACCUUCCCCCCCAAUUUCAGAAGCUUCUGGCUCCGCAAAAGCCGCUGUCAAGACUCCGAUGAAUCCACCAAAGAGCAAGAUUAAGAUGCCUUCAGGGGACUCUAGCACAACGCCCAAACCGACAGCACGAUAUCAACCAUCGUCAUCGACCUUACGAAACUCAAGGGGGCUGACAGCUCCAACCAGUUCCUCUCGUGCCAGGAACGCUACCCCCUCUGUCAUUCGAAAUGCCAAAGCGAAGGCCCCAGCAACUCGAGGCCUGCCCAACUCUACAUCUCUCACCCAUAUCCGAACUCUAACGGCACAAAUGCAAAGGCUCGAGCAGCGAGUACAAUCCGCGAGAUCGAAACUCCCUGCACCCGUUAGCACGCCUCCUCGUGCCUCUCCACGAAACCUAUCUGCUUUGGGCCAGAAUUUCAUGCCAUCCAGCGUCACAAUAAGAAGUAAGAAACGGACGAGCGCGAGCACGACAAGCAAUUCAUCUGCUGCUGCAGAAGACACUCCCUCUUCAACCAAGCAUGUUACAAGGCUGUCAACGUCAGGAAUCAGCCGCCUAUCUUUCGGGCCCGUUCCAAACCGGGAUGGGAGUGAUAGCAGACCGAGCAGCCGAGCCAGCACUUCAUCAAGCUUUGUACGCCCAGACCGACCUCUGAGCCGAACAGAGCUUGCCCGACCAGUGAGUCGAGCCUCCUUGACUGGUUCUCGCACCCCCUUGGGACAUUAUUCUCAAUCACAGAUUGCCGAAUCUCGAAGACCCCGAUCUAGCAUCGGAGGUAAUUUCUCGGCCUCCCACGGACACGGCCACUCCCAGAGCGUCUCACACAUAGACUUAGACGAAAGCCGCGAGCUUGAUUUUGGAUCUCCCAGUCGAAGAAAUACAAUGAGCAAAGCGGACACAGAAGGCAGCGCUAUUCCUGCUCCCAAAGGGAUCCCUCGAAGGAAAAGUGGCGGAUUGAGCAUGUCUGCAUUACCCCGAAGAUCAAUCAGCGGGCAGAAGCCUGGCGAGAAGGGAGAAAGCAGCAUGCAGCCACCGGGGCGACCAAGGAAGCUGAGUGAAGUGGGAGAGACAUAUUGA